AUGGGGCUGCAGCUCGGCAAAGCCCGCGUCGCGCCUCUGGCUCUGCUGGGCCUUUGCUUCGCGAUGGCGGUCAAGUCGGUGCCCCUGGCCGAUGCCGGACCGCACGUCAACUACGGCUGGGGGGAACCUAUCCGGUUCAGGCACCUCUACACGGCCAGCCGGCACGGGCUGUUCAGCUAUUUCCUGAGGAUCCACGGCGACGGCCGAGUGGACGGCGCUGUUAGUCAGAGUCGACACAGUUUGCUGGAGAUCCGAGCAGUAGCGCUUCGCACGGUGGCGAUCAAGGGCGUGCACAGCUCUCGCUACCUGUGUAUGGAGGAGGAAGGCAGGCUGCACGGGCUGCCUAUAUAUACUACAGAGGAUUGUUCUUUUGAAGAGGAGAUACGUCCAGAUGGCUACAACAUCUACAAGUCAAAGAAAUAUGGAAUCUUGGUGUCCUUAAGUAAUGCCAGGCAAAGACAACAGUACAAAGGAAAAGACUUUCUUCCACUGUCUCAUUUCCUACCUAUGAUGAACACUGUGCCAGUGGAAACUACAGGUUUUGGAGAAUAUGGUGAUACCAGGCAGUAUUUGGAAUCUGGCAUUUUCAAUCAACCAGUUGAAACUGACAGCAUGGAUCCCUUUGGUAUCACUUCCGAAGUAUCAUUAGUACAAAGUCCUAGUUUUGGUUAG